AUGAAUCAAUCAACUCUGGAUACUCAAUUGCAAAUCGACCCCUUGAAUGACAAUGUCUUCAUCACCAAACAUCCCCUCUGGCGUCCUUCCGGAGCACGCGGUAUCUUCGGCGGCGUCACCAUCGCCCAAAGUCUCAAAGCUGCUCAAUUGACAGUACCGACUGAUAUGAAUGCUCAUUCUAUGCAUUGUUGUUUUGUUUCUGCCGGGAGUGCCUCUAUUCCCAUCACGUAUCACGUCGAACGAGUCCGUGAUGGGCGAAGUUUCAGCAAUCGAUCCGUCAAAGCUAUCCAGAACCAGAGGACCAUCUUUCUAGCUAUGAUUAGCUUUACUCGGACUGAGACGGGGAAGUUUAUAGAGCAUGUUGAGAGAAUGCCUCAUCUUCCUGCUCCUCCCAAAGAGAAUACCACAAAUGAACCCGCAACCCCAUAUAUCAACCACAGCGUGGGAAUCCUCAACAACGCCUCACCCCCCAGCGACAAACGCAUCCACCAAUGGAUAAAAGCCCGCGGAGCUGUCUCUGAGACAAACCACCUCGCCUCGUUGGCUUUCAUGUCAGAUAGUUACUUUCUAGCUGCUAUCCCGCACGUCCAUAACAUCUGGCAUUUUGUCGAUCCUCCUCUAACAGAGUUUUAUGGACCUGGGCCUGCUCACGCGGCGAGAUAUCCAUAUGCGCGGGUUCAACGGCCGCAUCUUGGUGAGCGGUGUGAUGGUCCAGAUAAAAGGGUAGGCAUGAUGGUUAGUCUGGAUCAUACGAUUUACUUUCAUCAUCCGCGCGGAUUCAGCCCGGAGGAGUGGAUACUGAGUGAAUUGCAGACUCACUGGGCUGGGGAUGGAAGGGGGGUGAUUAUGCAGAAGAUGUGGACGAGGGAGGGGGUUUUGAUAGCUACUUGUGUUCAAGAGGUAUGUUUUCUUCUCCUUCUCUUAGUUGAUUUUGCUAACUUAUACUUAUCAGGGAAUUGUCCGACUAGAAGAACCAGAAAAGAAUCGCCUUUGAUAGAUCACGAUAUAGAUGAAUGGAGAUGA